ACAAUUUGUAUCCUAAAUAAAAAAAAGUCUCAUUUGUUUUUUGUUUGACCACAAAAUGAGUGAAGAGUUGGUCGAUAUUGCCGUCGGAAGGAUUGGACACAUGUGUGCCUUUGAUUACGAUAUGUGUUUGAUGUAUGUUUUGGGCGGUUAUAAUGGAUAUAAUAAAGAGAUGCAAACAAAAUACUUGUCAUCACAAGAAUUAUGGAUUUAUGACACACUCAUUGAAAAAUGGUCAAUGAGGAGAUGUACGGGUGAAAUGUCGACUACUGACAUACCGGCGGGCACUUCGGGCGCCUCGUGUAUCAUCAGUAGUCACUAUCUCUAUAUGUUUGGCGGAUAUACUGAAGAGGGAAACUCCAAUCAACUCUUCAGAUUAAACCUAAAGAACUUUCAAUGGAAACAAUUGGAACCAUUGGGAAAAAGACCGCUGGCCUGUGAUAAAAGUGUUUGUUGGAUAUAUGAUAAUAAAAUGUACUUAUUUGGUGGUUAUGGAUGCGUUCCCAUUGAAACAAGAGAUGAACGCAACUUUGACUUUGUUUAUGAUCCCAAAUCUCAUUGGCACUACCCAAGAGGUUGGAACAAUCAAUUGGUCUAUUAUGACCUUACAUUUAACCAAUGGGUUUGGUUUAAAACUGAGGGUAAGGUUCCUAUUCCACGAGCAGCUCAUGCCGUCGCAAAAGUUGGUCAUAAAGUUUAUAUAUUUGGCGGAAGACAUGAAGAGUUAAGAAUGAAUGACAUAUAUUCUUUAGAUAUGAAACAAAUGUCUUGGACUGAAGUGUACUCUUUUAAUGAUAAUAACGAAACAUCAGUUCCUAUCGGCAGAUCGUGGCAUUCAUUUACACCAUUGUCUGACAAACAAAUUAUACUUUACGGUGGUUUCAGUCAAGACAAUAAACCACUAAGUGAUUGCUGGGCAUUAGAUAUUGAGUCGAUGACCUGGUCUACCAUUGAUCUACCUUUUAAUAAGCCAAGGAUUUGGCAUUCAUCUAUUGCAUCGUCUUUUGGUGAAAUUAUCAUCUUUGGUGGUGCGACUCAUAAUAUAUUGGAUUUACAAAACUUAAGAAAUAUAAAAGAUCUUUACUCCGGAGAUAUAAUAGUAUUAAGAUUUGUACCGAAAUCGCUUCUAAGAUUGUGUUUGGACGCAUCGGUUAUGAAUUACCAUUUGCUACACAAACAGUGGAAAUAUUUGCCACGAAAUGUCAAACACAUGUUAGAGCUCAAGAAAAAUACUAUUCAAACCAAUUCUGCCGGUUCUUAA